AUGGAACAAGAACAACAUCAUCCCCAAGAACAAGUCGCUGCUCAGGGCAUUCAUGCCCAAGCAGGCAAUGGUCAGGGAGCUGCCAACCCUAGACCCGUCCACCAACCCCGAAAUCCGCGAGCCAUAGGUGCUCAUGACGAGCCAACCAUACAUAACAACCUUACGGGCAUUCGCGCACCACCGGGGGCGAACAACAACUUUGAGAUCAAGUCAAACUUGAUCAACAUGAUACAAUCUAACAAGUAUCAUGAACUGCCAAUGGAGGAUCCUCUAGAUCAUCUCCACACAUUUGACAUGCUUUGUGGGACUGUCAGGAUCAAUGGCAUUUCUGAAGAUGCUUUCAAACUCAAACUCUUCCCGUUUUCACUUGGAGACAGAGCACACUUAUGGGAGAAGACCCUACUUUCAAGCUCGGUCGAAACAUGGGACGAAUGCAAGAAAGUAUUUUUAACCAAGUUCUUUUCUACUUCUAGAACUGCACGACUCCGAAAUGAAAUCACUGGAUUCACACAGAAGGGACUUGAAAUCUUCGGAGAAGCAUGGGAGCGCUUCAAAGGCUACACACUGAAAUGCCCUCACCAUGGUUUCUUAAAGGAAAGUAUACUCAGUACAUUCUACGGAGGACUUCUUUCAGAGUUUCGAUCAAGGCUUGAUACAGCGAGUAAUGGUCAUUUCUUAGGACGUGAGGAACAAGAUGGAAUGCAGUUAAUUGAGAACUUAGCCCUGACUGACUCCACCUACUGCGAUGACUAUGAUCGCUCAAACAUGGGUACUGUGACUCAAGAUGAGCAAGCUAGAAAGGAUUUAAAAGUGCUAAGAGGAGAGAUGGACCAACUUCUUCAGCUUCAGAAGAAACAAGUUCACUACAUUGGUGAAUAUGAUCAACAGCUGGUCCAAAUUGAGCCUCAAGAGGAAUUUGUGCAGAGUGUCCAGGAAGAAGUUAACUAUGUAGGAGGACAAGGAAACUACAAUCAAAACUUCAACUACAGAAAUCAGAACACUCAGAUCCCUCAAGGACUGAACACACUGCAAGAGAACUUUCAAAACAAGCCUCAGUAUAUCCCUCAAGGCAACUACCAGCAGAAAUCUUUCUAUAACAAUCAGCAAGGCAACUUCCAGCAAAGAGCCUACAACAACCCACCACUUGGUUUUUACUCUAAUAAGGGUAACCAAAAAAACCAAGGUCAAAGAAGCUCCUCCAAUGCACCACCAACAGAAAGCAGUACGGAUUUCCUCUUCAAACAGCUUCUGGUUUUAGAAUGA